AUGUCGAAGCCCGUGUCCAACAAGACCCUGGCCCAGAUCGCCCGGGUCAUCCACGGCUCCAGCGCGCUGGUCAUAACCGCCGGCGCCGGCCUGGGCGUGGACUCCGGCCUGCCCGACUUCCGCGGUCCCCAAGGCUUCCACGCCGCCUACCCGCCCAUCGCCAAGCUGGGCCUCUCCUUCCCCGACGUCAGCACGCCGCGCUGGUUCGCGCAGGACCCGGCGUUCGCGUGGGGUUUCUUCGGCCACAGGCUGGGCCUGUACCGGGCGGCCAGUCCGCACGCCGGGUACGGCAUCCUGCUCGAGUGGGCGCGGCGGCGCCCGGACGGCUUCUUCGUCUUCACGAGCAAUGUCGACGGGCAUUUUCGCCGGGCCGGGUUUCUGCAGGAGAGGAUAAUGGAGCGCCACGGGGAUAUUAAUUUUUUGCAGUGCGCCGACCCAGCGCGCUGCUCCGGCCGCGGGGACGUCGACGAGCUGAUCUGGCCGGCGGACGACCUGGAGGUGGAGGUGGACGAGGGCACGUUCCGGGCGAGCCGCCCGCUGCCGGCCUGCAGGCACUGCGGGGGGCUGGCGCGGCCCAACGUGCUGAUGUUCGACGACUACCAGUGGCUGGAGGACCGCACGGCGGCGCAGGACGAGCGGUACAGGGCGUUCGCGUCGCGGCUGAGGCGCAGCGGAAAGCCGUUCGCGGUGAUCGAGGUGGGCGCGGGGGAGAGCGUGCCGACGGUUCGGUGGGAGAGCGAGCGGCUGGUGGACGGCACGCGCGGCGGGACGCUGAUCCGCAUCAACCCGCGGGACCACGGGGUGCCGAUCGCGGGGGACCACCACGAGGUGCCGUUGGGGGGGCUGGAGGCGCUGACGGCACUGGAGAGGCACAUGGAGGGGCUGGCGGGGACGGGAAGGGGCGAGGAUGUCGGCCAGGCGAGGGGCGACCUGGAGGGUGAGGCCCGGGCCUUAAGGGACGACGUCAUUUGA